CGUAUGUCCUCCCUCCUGCGCGUGCGUAAUGACCCAGUCUUCAGAAAAUGGCGGACGAACUGAAACGGUUGUAGUGUCUCCGCUCACAUUUCACGCUUUUCCUGACAUAUUUCGUCUCAUUUCGUGCCCAAACUUGCCUGUACAGAAGCAACAAAAUGGGAGCAGUGCUAGCACGCUUUAAAAAAAAGCAAACUACAGUAGAGGUGCUAGAAGGGCUUGAUAAGGAAAUCCAGAGCUUAGAGCAGUUCAAGCGUCACAACGAGGAGCUACAGAGACGUUAUGUGGGGGGGCUGCUGAUCUACUCCAUCGUGCUGUACAUAGCUGCUGCUGUCAUGUUCUACUUCCUCUUCUUCCCCGAGGGGUGGGAGGAACGAGUCCUCCGAUCACUACCUCUGCUCAUGUUCCCACUGCUAAUAUGGACCGUUAAGAAGCUACUCCAUUGGUACUUUGUAAGAAGAAUCACAAAGAAAGAAAGUCAGCUUGAAGACCUGAGAGAAAAGAAGAAGGGCAUUCUAGAAGAUGUGAUGGAGCAUGAGACAUACAAGGCAGCCAAGGAAAUUCUGGAGAGAUUUGGACCAAGUAAAGAGGAGGCAACUCCUGAGACCCCACCGGGCAGCCCCAGAAGACAGCCAGGACCACCUGUUCCCACCCCCUUACCUCCUGGACAAGAGUUGCGUCAGCGGCGAACGCCGGCGCCACCAGCCCAGCCCAACAUCCCUCGCUUGGCGGUGGCCCCUACGAGAGUGGAGACUCCUCCCCAGGGCACCCCUGCGCCCCCACGACCCCCCGGGAACCUCGUGCCCGCCACACCGUCUAUAGUCUCCCCUCGGACCCCGUCCCGCGGCCCGCCGGAGUGGCAUGCCGGAACCCCGUGGCCCGCUGGAGUCCCCAGUAAGCCAAUGCACACAGUACAGCAUGCCAUGCACCUCACAGGUCGUCCCCCCGGACCACCGUUGGCGCGCCCCAUCCUCCCACGGGAGCGGACAGUGUUUGACCGUGUUGUCGACUACCUGGUAGGGGAGGGUCCGAGCAGCAGGUUUGCCCUGAUCUGUCAGCAGUGCCACUCUCACAACGGCAUGGCUCUGCAGGAGGAAUUCGAGUUCAUCACGUUUCGAUGUGCCUACUGCUACACGCUGAACCCAGCCCGUAAAGUCCGUCCCACCGCGCCCAAACUCUUGCCAGACGAGCCGCGGACACAUUCGUCAACCUCCGGUGAGGACGUCUACAGCGGAGAGGAGCAAAAGUUCGUACUUCAUGACAAGGAGAGCGAUUCUGAAGCCAAGUUCGCUGACGGGAAGGAUGAUGAGAAUGACUGUGACAGAGAUGAGAUGGUCCGAGAGGAGGAGGAAAUGAUUGACACUGUUGCCGCCGGCAACAAGGACAUGAUUCCAGAGGAGGAGAAGGCAGUAGGAGACAAUGCUGUUGGGAAGGCUGUUGAGGAUGUUGCAUCUGAGAUCCAGGAAGAUAUCGGACAGGGACAUGUUAAAGAUGAUUGAUAGUCUUAAACGCAAAAAUUUGCUUAAAAAAAGAACCAAAAAUAAUGUACCAAAAACUUCUCAUGCCUUGGGUAGCUUGCCUUCUUGUGUGUAUGUUAAUGUAAAGAAGAUUGAUAUGCAUACUUGUCAGUGUAAAGGGGAUAAGAGAAAGAGGUGGGGUUUGACUUUCACUCCUGUCAAAUUCCCUCCAUCCUUACAUGUAUGUUGAGCCUUUAACCGUUUGCUGCCUAAGGGUGUAGUCAAUAAGCACAAAUGUAUAUAAGUUUGGUUCAUCAUUCAUGUACAUAUGAUAGAUUGUGGAGAUUUUGUCAACUGUUGUCUAUCUUUAAGAUGAUCUCAUCCGUACCCCAACCCCUUAGGGCAUGAUGUUGACUUGUGCAUACAGUUUCUACAAGGGCUGUCCCAAAGUUUGACUUUGUUGAAGUGCUAGUGUCUAGAUUACCAGGGAACACUCUUAUGUGUUUUCAUGUGCAAAUAGCUCAAAGUUAUGCCUCAGUGAAACAUGUAAGACAUCGUCUUUAUUGUCAACAUGACACAAAACAUUUUUCGUCAGACCCUCCAAUAACAACACACAGAAAAUUUUGAUUACAGUUGAUGCUGUUAGACUUAUUGUACCAAAUACUUAAGUAUCCACCCAAAGCCAGUUUUUUAAGCAAAAAAGGUACUGGUACAUUGGCACUUUGAAGUGUUCAAUCUUGUAAAGAUGUACCGAGAGUAUCACAGAGUAUGGUCAUACACCACUAUGCAGAAUAUGUUGCAGAUAACUAUUUAUAUUAAGAAUUUACACCAAUAGAACUUUAUACAUAUUAUCACAAAAAUGUGUCCUGAAUAUGUAUAUCAAGUGCUAAAAGUUACAGUGCAUAACAUGUUGUACAUUAUCAUGUAUGCAUACACCAUUUGUGUCUACAUGUGUGUAACUGCGCCAUAUAGCCCUGGUGCCAUUUAGAUUCAAUUUUGUUUGUCUUAGCAAUCAUGUGAAUUUUGAUCACUUAGUGCUGUUCUUCUGAAUAUUUUCUUGAAGAUUGUUUGAAAAAUGACUGAAAAAAAACUCUGACAGUAACUGCCCCAUAGUUACUUAAACUGCAGCAUAUUUAUUCAUUGAUUAUUUAUUUAUCAUACGGUAACUGCAGCACCCCACCCCCAAAGAUAGACAUUGUGUCAGAAAUGUAACUUGAUUAGGUGUCUUCAGAGAAGUAUCAAAACUUAAUGGAAACUAUAUUUUCUGCAUCUGGUAAAAAGUUAACCGCAUUAUCCACACUUUGGGUACCUACUGGCUGCAAAAUACACCCAAUAUUAUUAUUAUUAUCUACGAUUUAGUAUAAUUUUGGGACAGUGUUAAUGAAAGUAAAAUGUACCAGUCGUAAGAUUUUGCUGCUGCCUUCUUUUUCCAGGCUUAGGUAAUAAAUUUGCACAUUCCAGUCUAUUAGUUGUACUGUAUACAUUUCGUGCUGUUUCUUGAACCAAAUUACUUGUUGCUGUAUUCGUAACAGCUACAUACUCUGGUCUUUUUAAUGGGUUUCCUAUGCUGCUUUGCUACAAUGUUGUCUGAUUUUGUUCUCUUAGACCAAGUCUGGAAAUAGCCUGGGUACCAUCCGGAUAGAAAUUCGCUCCGGGAUUCAUUAUAUACUAUAUACUGUUGCUUCUAGCUCUGACAUUCAUUAUACAAUAUAUGUCACAGUAGAGAUCACGAUCCAGUAGAAUCGCUGAUUCUCCUAGGAGAGAUCCCGGUAGCAAUCUGUACUAGUAGAAUUGCUUCUCUGCUGUUCUAAUUAGCAGAAGUGAACUACUAUCCGCGUGGUACCCAGGCUAGUCUGAAAAGGUAUAGAAUAGUAAUUGUAGAAUGAAUGGUGGAAUCUGAGAGUUGUGCUCUGAAUGUAAAACAAAAUGUAUUGUAGGCAAGAAGUCUUAUGAACCAUCAUCGCCUUUCUUGAUUCACUGUUCUCUGCAAAAGUUACUAUGCAUUUCUUUCGCUUCACUGUUAAGACAAAUGUAGUGUGGUGACAAAGAUAUACCUGCAAGUACCUGAGAUAUUGUGUGAAAGAAGUCAUUGACAUAUGAUUGUAUAUUGUUACUGUUUAUGUGAACCUUUAUUUUUUGGUCUGUCAGCAAAACGUUCAAGUAAGUGCCAAAUCAGUUUAAGCUGUUUCAACGUUUGCGAUUCCUUCAUAAUAUGUAGAAAAUGUACAUCUGGCCUAUUUCAAUGUUCUUUUUCCAUCCUGCUAAAGGUUUCCUGGAAACACGGAUUGUAAACGUUUGAAGACAUAGAAAAGCACUAUAACAUGAUCAAACUUGCCCAAUAUAUACACCAUGGUGAAGUUAUUGCUAUACUUCACUACAAUCACCUCAUGAUAUCUCAACUAUCCAUUUUGCAUGAGCAAAACGUUUUGUAUAAACGUGGAUUGAUACAAAUAUGAACAUGUUGAUGUUGUGAUAUUUACAUUUCUGCUGUCAAAUAAAAUAAAGAUUGUCAUUUCGGUUCACCAUUCAUAUUGUCUUGAACUUGUAAUAAAGAACAGUUUAAGUUAUCAA